CUGUGACAGCGUUGAGCAAGGAAGGACGGCAAUGUGAUGUGUGCUAUUGGAGCGUCAAUGAAAGCUUAAAUUAAUUUCAUGUAUAAAUAUGAUUUAAUUUGUAUAUAGAGUGUUUUUAGACGCACCAGAUUUAAGUAUUCCCAAUGAUUCGGCAAGCUAAAAAUCUUUUAUACUUAAGUAGGUUUAAGGGCCAGUAUGUUUGGAGACCAAAGAGCAGCUCUGCCCCUGAUCGAGCUCUGCAGUAUGUGGUAGGCCAGAAGAUCCAUGGGUUUACCAUUCGAGAGGUAUCUCCAGUGCCUGAUCUCUCUCUGACGGCAGUUAAACUCAGUCAUGAUGUCACAGGAGCUCAGUUUCUACAUACAGCAAGAGAUGACUCCAAUAACCUCUUCAGCGUGCAAUUCCGAACCACACCCAUGGACAACACAGGAGUUCCUCACAUUCUAGAACACAUGGUUCUGUGUGGCUCCCAGCAUUACCCCUGCAGAGAUCCAUUUUUUAAAAUGCUGAAUCGAUCACUCUGCACCUUUAUGAAUGCUUUCACAGCUAGUGACUAUACAAUGUACCCAUUCUCCACUCAGAAUGCCAAGGAUUUCCAGAACCUUCUUUCUGUCUACCUUGAUGCUGUCUUCUUCCCCUGUUUGCGAGAGCAGGACUUCUGGCAGGAAGGGUGGCGUUUGGAGAACGAGCAUCCUACAGACCCAUCAUCUCCCUUGAUGUUUAAAGGAGUGGUUUUCAAUGAGAUGAAAGGAGCUUUUUUGGAUAAUGAACGGGUGUAUGCGCAGCACUUGCAGAAUAAGCUGUUACCUGAUCACACAUACUCCGUGGUGUCAGGAGGAGAACCUCUCGCCAUACCUGACCUCACAUGGAAACAACUGAAAUGCUUUCAUGCUACACACUACCAUCCCAGCAAUGCAAGAUUUUUUACCUAUGGUGACAUGCCAUUGGAACAGCAUCUAAAACAGAUACAUGAGGAUGCUCUUUGCAAGUUUCAGAAAACAGAAAUAAACACUGCAGUACCAGCACAGAGUCGAUGGGACAAGCCAAGGGAAGCUCAUGUGAACUGCAGUCCUAAUACAAUGGCCCCAGAUCCAGCUAAACAGAACACAUUGUGUGCCAGUUAUCUGCUGUGCAACAUCACAGAUACAUUUGAGGCUUUCACUUUGAGUUUUCUGUCUUCCCUGAUGAUCUCUGGCCCAAACGCUCCAUUUUACAAAACAAUGAUUGAACCCAAGAUUGGCACUGACUUCUCUUCUGUAGUUGGGUAUGAUGGGAGUACCAGAGAGGCCUCAUUUAGCAUCGGCUUGCAGGGUAUAGCAGAAGAGGACAUGGAGAAUAUCAAGCAAAUCAUUAGCCAAACCAUCGAUGACAUCAUAGAGGCUGGGUUUGAAGAGGAGCGGAUUGAGGCAUUACUGCAUAAAAUUGAGAUUCAGAUGAAACAUCAGUCUACCAACUUUGGCCUGGCCCUUGCUUCAUAUAUUGCAUCUUGCUGGAAUCAUGAUGGAGACCCAGUGCAAUUGCUGAAGAUCAGUGACAAUGUCUCCAGGUUCAGACAGUGUCUGCAGGACAACCCUCGCUACCUACAAGACAAAGUGCAGCAUUAUUUUAAGUUGGUGUUUCAGGACAACACACACAGGCUGACAUUGUCCAUGAGCCCAGAUGAGCAGUAUCUGGAGAAACGGAAAAAUGCGGAGCAUGAAAAACUCCAGCAGAAUGUACAAGCUCUCACUGAUGCUGACUGCAAAACUAUUUAUGAAAAAGGUUUACAAUUGCUCUCUGAACAAAGCAAAACUCAGGACACUUCCUGCUUACCUGCCCUAAAGGUGUCUGACAUAGAACCUACCAUACCACACAUUUCUGUGCAGAUGGGUGCUGCAGGAGGAGUUCCCAUUCAGUACUGUGAGCAGCCCACUAAUGGCAUGGUGUAUUUCAGGGCUAUGUGUAACCUCAACACCCUCUCAGAGGACCUGAAGAUCUAUGUCCCCCUAUUCUGCAAUGUUAUCACUAAGAUGGGCUGUGGGAAACUGGAUUAUCGGCAGCAGGCCCAGCAGAUGGAGCUGAAGACAGGUGGCAUGUCUGUGACUCAGCAGGUUGUACCAGACACAGCUGACCUCGACAUGUAUGAACAGGGCAUUCUCCUUACUUCAUCCUGUCUAGAGAGGAACUUGCCUGAUAUGUUCCACCUUUGGAGUGACAUAUUUAACUAUCCUCAUUUUGAUGACGAGGAGAGGCUGAAAGUGUUGGUGAUGUCAUCAGCUCAAGAGUUGUCGAAUGGGAUUUCAUAUUCAGGUCACAUUUAUGCAAUGACACGAGCAGGGCGAUCUCUCACACCUGCCGCUGAUCUUUACGAGACCUUCACUGGUAUGGACCAGGUAAGGUUCAUGAAGAGAAUAGCUGAGAUGCCUGAUCUGACAUCAGUUUUAAGGAAGCUACCCAGAAUAAAGAGACACCUUCUGAAUCCAGAUAAUAUGAGGUGUGCAGUUAACGCUACUCCUCAGAAAAUGACAGACGCUGCAAAUGAGCUGGAGAGGUUUGUGUGUAGUAUAUCCUCUAACAAGAAGGAGCGGAAGUCUGUCAGAGCAGUUAUUGUUGAGAAACCACUGGAUCCUCAGGCUCCUGCUCAGGCUGUUGCUAGUCGUUACCUUGUCUCUGAGGCUUUUUUUAAGCCAUGUCAGAUGAAGACUUACUUCGAAUUUCCCUUUUCUGUGAACUUUGUUAGUGAGUGUGUGCGCACUGUCCCAAUGACACAUGAGGAUUAUGCCAGUCUGUGUGUUUUAGGAAGAAUGAUGACUGCUAAGUUUCUACAUGGAGAAAUCAGAGAGAAAGGUGGGGCCUAUGGAGGAGGAGCAAAAAUAGGAAGAGAUGGCCUCUUUGCCUUUUACUCAUACAGGGACCCUAACUGUUCUCAGACCCUGGAAGUUUUUCGCAGUUGUGUGGGAUGGGCUCAAGAUGGUAGGUUUACACAGCAAGAUGUGGAUGAGGCCAAACUGUCCAUCUUCUCCACUGUAGAUGCCCCAGUUGCUCCAUCAGACAGAGGUUUAGAACUUUUUUUGAAUGGGAUUACUGAUGAAAUGAAACAGGCUCACAGAGAAAGACUCUUUGCUGUCACUCACAAAAGCCUUAUUGAUGUGGCUAACCGGUAUCUUAGUAUUGGUCAGAGGACAUGUGGAUCGGCAGUUUUGGGUCCUGAAAACGAGAGUAUUAAAAGGGACCCAUCCUGGGUUGUCAAAUAGGCACAAUUUUGUGCUUCAACAUUUACUUAAAAGAUGACCUGUAAUUACAUGUACCUCCACAUGUAGAUGUGAAUUACUUAUGUACUUGUAGUUUGUUAUUUACAUAUUUUUGUGCUCAAAAUGUUACUAAAUUAUGUAACUAAAUUAGGUCACUACUCACUAGUGACCUAAUUUACUGCUUACUAAAGUAUGUAAUAGAUUUAAUAGAUAUGUGUGAUAUGUAUAUGCAAUAGAUUUAUUAGUUGGUGUGAUGCCUUAAAAGAUGUGUAACUUUUUGUUACUCUUUCAGACAUUGUCCUUUCAACUUGGUAAGCAAAUUCAGAUAUUAAAGUUGUGCACUGAAAUGAAUCCUUCUUAAGCCAUAGGUUUGCCAAAACAGUGUCAUCUUUCUGUGUCAGGGUAAAUGUACUUGAACUUGCUUGCUGUGCCCUGUAAAAACCGUUUGUGUUUACAUUUUAAAUGUAAUAUACAAUGUGUCUGCAGUACUAGAAACUGAUCUACUGAUAUCUACCAGAAGCAGUGUAUCAGGUCUGAGAAUGCCAUACAUUUCCUAUUUCUUAUUUGUUUUUCUUGCUCCUCAGUUACUGCAUAUUUCAUGAGUGGGGUCCAAUUACCAAAACAGUACUGCAUAUGUAUAGAACGAAGUCAACAAAUUAUACCCAUUUGUGGAUGUCCCUAAAUAUGACUGUGAAUGUGCUCCCUGGGAUCCAAUUCAGUCAGUAUAACAUUCUGCACAUUUCAGCAACCAGUCUCAAUAAUGGGUUGGAAUAGGACACACUACUAGUUAAGGAAUAUAUUCUUUACUUACGAAUCUCAAUUUUUAAGAAUUCUUAAAAUGUAGGGAUUAGUACAAAUACUGAAGUACUGAAAGGACUUUGGACUCUUUACUGCUCAGCAGAUUGUCAGUUAACAGGCAGGUACUGAUUAAUGUGGAAGCAAGCGAAAUAUCUCAAGAUGAAAGAGUAUUCAGUUAUAUCUUUACAAAAAUACCCUUUCACAAGGCAUUCGGAUGAAGAAAAAAGAAUCAAGGAGCUUGGACCAGCUCGACCCAGAGAGACUUCACCUUCAUUCAAGGGUGUAACUUUGGUUUGAGAAGUGGGGGGAGACACUUCAUCAUUGAAUAAAAUUCAAUUCAUGUGAGACUCAAUUUCAACUGCAAAACAAACUUAUUUUAAACUAACUGCUGUACCUGAAAAUGUAAAAUACAUCACUUGUUGCACAGAACAUUUGUCAGAGACACAUCCACCAAGGUAGGAAGGAUGUAACUAUCUGUAAACCAAAAGGAUGGGAAAAUUUAUAACACAAUAGAUACACUACUUAUUUGGUACACAGGAUGCAAGAUUGUCUCACAAUCUCACAAACAUAAAAUAAAUUUUAAUAUAAAGAACAUUUUUCAUUGUCCUCCAUCUAUCCAUUCAAUCCCAUCUCUCCAUGGGGUCCAUUGGUGCAGUUGACUGCUGCUCAAUUUGCAAAUUGGGUCGAUCUGGUCCAAGCUCUUUGAUUCUUUUCUUCAUCCGUGCACCUUGUGAAAGGGUAUUUUUGUAAAGAUAUAACCGAAUUUUCUUUCAUCUCGAGAUAUUUUA